UGUCGCGAACGGCGAAAGGCGAAGGUAGUGCGCGGAUCUUGACGCGUGUCGCGCGAGCGCGAGCCUCACGCGAGUUUACCUUGAUGUGAAAGUGCCGGGGGGAUUGUAAAUCUCUGCGAUAAUCGUGGCAACGCGCAGCCGGGGUGAUCGCUCACGUGUUGACGCGAUACAAUCGCGCGAGCGACGCGCCUUCCCUCGCUCGAUUCCGACCUGACGUGAUCGGCACCGCGGUCGGCAGUCGGCACGGCGCGCACCACCGCGCACGGAGCUGGGACGGUGGGACCAGGGACGUCCGACGUCGCCGAGAAACGCCAUUUUGUGGUCGCGCUGUCGGGACGUAAACAUCGGACUUGACAAUUGUACUUGACGCGACGGGAAGGUCGCCUGGCGAACGGGUCUCCGCCCGAGCGGCUCCUCCGUGGCCCUGUGCGGCCCGACGACCUCGGUUCCGCGUCCAGGGCGACCGUCGCGGCACGAAAGCGUCCCGUCUCGUGACUGACGCGCUGACGUUUCGCGCCAAAUCCCAAGUCGUCUACGCACACCUGGCGCACACGCCACACGGUGUGACGGGUGACGGGUGACGGUGCGCGUACGGCGCACCCCGCGCCACGAGAAACAGCUGUCGUUGCGGCGCCGAUCGUGCGGCGAUAUCGGCGAUAUCCACCGACCAAGACCAGAAUCACGGUGUGUAGCGAGAACUUUACGCCCUGCAUAGAACUUGGAGGCUUGAUGAGUACACAAAAGUAUAAGGAAUGGUAUUCUAUUGGAUUCAGCUGGAUGUCAGAUAAGCUGAAAAAUGUCUGGUGAUGCAGGAUGGAACGCCGUUAUUCACCAUCCUUCCGACUUAGAAUUGCAGACGUGGAAUUGGGAAGAAAACGAUGGGGAGCAAGAGAAAGAGCUCCCUUCAACCGUUGACAUGGAUGCCAUAAAAGGUGGCGGUAGUUGGGAUCCUGCUACUGAACCUAAUGGAACAGAUUCGGUCGAUUCCGAAGAAGAUUCUGAUUCCGACGACGAAAGCUCUGGUGGAAGCGAAGGCAGUUGCUCUUAUUCGGAUUCUAAUUCUGAGUCAGACGACGAAAGUAGCGGCGAGGAAGAGGAUAGCGGAUCUAAUUCCGACUGUUCGUCCGAACAUAGCGAACAAACAUUUUCCAUUCAAGAAACUAAUUUUGAACAAGGAGCAUUGAAAUUGAAAAUCACCAUGAAAGGUCCAAAGAAAGAAGAAAACUCCGAGAAAAUUAAAUGUGAGAAAAGUAAGAGAACCGUCACGAAAAAGGGCAAGACCACGCAUGGGACUAAGUCCUCAGAAUGUAGCGAAGACUCAGACUCAUCUGUGGGCCACGCGGCGUCGCAACAAGCACAGCAACAACAGUCGCAACAACAACAUCAGCAUCACCAUCACGCGCCGCUACAAGAAAUCAAUCAGGAAGAUUUAGCGACCAUCUUGCCUACGCAAGAGCAAGAAGACGCGCCAUUCGAUGGAUUUGAGGAUUCGGAGAGCGGUCGGCUGGUGUCAAAGGCGAUCGAGCGCAUGUCGCUCGGCGCGGACUCGGACACGAGUGAAAACGGCGAUCAGAAUCCCGUGCCUGUGUACAGCUCCACUUUGUUGCAGCAAUUUGUCGAAAAGACUGCCAUGCUGUCGGAGCCACGGAAGAGGCGCAGCAAAUGCGGCAAAAAAUUGAACAACGAUAACGAGUACCCAUGCGUAUCGAACGUGUCGCCCGACUCUGGUAUUCAGUCGGUGGACAAUAGUCCGUUACACCUAACGAUCAGUCCUGUCAGUCCUCCAGCGCCGACUCAAUCCCCGAUCCAAUCGUCUAUCGCCACUAAACCGGCAGUGAACGUCGAUCGGGUUCUCUAUCCACCGAAAAGGAAACCUGGUAGACCAGCAAAAACAGUGUCUACGCAACCACGCGGACCCGGCAGGCCGCGUUUAAAGCCGGAAAUCGUCGAAAAGAUCCAAAAGAUCGAGAAAGCGGAGAAAGAACGAAACGAGUCUUUAAAAAAUCUAAAAAAUCCCGAACCUCGAUUAACGGAAAAGAAGGAAGCUGCAAAAGACGCGAAUACUGGAAAGAGCACGAAAGAAGACGCAUCUUUGAUUAGGAAGCGGGGUAACGCAAAGCCCGUUGCAUCGAGGGAAAUGAAGAAAGAGGACGCAUCUCCUGCGAGUAAAAGAUUAAAGGGCAAAACGACGUAUCAAAAGAAACGUUACGGUAACUCGGUGAAAAGCUCUUCGCGGGAGAAGACGAUGGUGAAGAAGACCCCCGGGGAAACGAGUUCCCCGAUGAGAGUAAAGUGCCUAAGCAGAUCCACCGCGAGCAAGCUCGUGCCACAGUGCGAUGGUAGGACCUGCCGAAAGGUAAGGCAAGAUAGAACAUGCGUGUCUAAUAAGACGACGGUUCCGUUGACACGACAGAAGCAAACGUCUUGCGAGCAUCACGUUACGAACGAUCAAAAGAUGUUGAGCAUCAAUAAGAGAACGGGUUCAAAGGAGAAUAGGAAUAACGCGGUCGCCGUCGUCGCCAGAAAACUAGCCAAGAGAGUCGCGCCUCCAACCACUAGACGUGUUCUAAAAGAGAACAAAUGCAACAAGAAAACUACCGUAGCGGGCUUUGAGACCAAUGGCGUGGGUGUGCAGACGUUAAUAUCGUUGCCAAUCGGCGACGUGUUAAAGGCAGAAAAUAUGGAGCGAGCUUGCUCGGCUUCCAACAAGUGUGACAAGCCGAUGCAGCCAAUACAACACAAUCAUUGUCACAAACAUCAUCAUCAUCAUCAUCAUCAUCACAAACAUCGUCGGAGACUGCUCGCGCCACCGAAGAAUCCCAUUCGCAUCGAUCCAUAUAUCUUCCAGGAACUGGAGAAAUUGAUCGAAGAAUUUGCAAAGUUGUGUAGUUUGGGCAAGAACAACACCAGCGUCACGCAUUCCGAGUUACCACAAAUCUUCCGCGUAAAGAAACUCACGAAAAAGAGAAAAGGCGGCGAUGUCACGGCGAAUGACGAUCAGAAAUUGAAACGGCGCUUGAAAAAGGAAAAGAUACUAACGGGUACUGACUCCAAGAGCAGCGCCAACACUAGCACGAGUUCCAAUCCGAACGAGCAGCGGUUACCAUUGAAGAAACGCCACUAUCAUGUGUCGAGUCCGCACAGUUCGCAAAGCUCGAACGCGAGCUGCACCGAUGCGAAUGCGAACGAGUCCACGUCCACGGAGACCCAUAUAGAGGAAGCGAUUGAAGCUACUAUUACGAGAUAUGGUGGCGGUAGCUCGAGAUCCUCCAUUCACGACGAGGAGGCCAUGCCGGUGACGCCGAAGAAAAGACCAAGAGAUACCGAGAGCGCGGCAUCUGAGAAACAGGGUAGCGACGAAGAUAAAUCCCCUAGUCAGGUAGAGGUUCAACCACGCCGGAAGAAAAAGAUUGUCAAGGAUCUUCGUGUCACCGUCACGAAAUUGUCAUCCGAAAGUCACGGCUUUCUCGACAAGACGGACAAGGAGAAGUCCGCGGAUAAGAGUUCCAAGAUUGCCACGGAGAAAUCUGGUAAAUCGGAAAAGACAGUCGUCGCGGAGAAGUCGUCUAAGACCGAUAAAACGCAGUCAAACGACAAAAUAGAUAUUGAACACGUUCGUACGGAAAAGAGUAUAAAGGUCGACUCAGAGACGCACGUGUCCGAGAUGUUCGAUAACGGUGAAACUGUGAUCGAGAGCAAGGUAGCUCAGAUCGGUACGUUGAACGUGCCAAAUCUCAUGAAUAAUACCGCGACGAUGACACUCACGAAGAAGAAGAUACGAAGACGGAAAGCCAUUAAUCGCACGGGCUUUCCUACUCUGAAGAAAAAGAAGAAGAAGCUCGUAGAUUCUCCUAGAAUGGUCAAGUCAACGGUCGUGGCCAGCGCUAACGGGAUAUGUAAAGAUCAGGACAUAGUCGAAGAUAUAGAGGAUAAUAAGGCGUCUUUGAUGGCAAGCAAAGCUCAGAACGUUAUGGAGAACAGCGAUAGUACGGGACAUGAUAAAAGUGAUGUGAAGACGUUGAAUAAUUCUAAUACGGUGCAAGAGACAUCCAGUCGAAGUGGUUCGGAUGAGGUAAUCGAGUCUUGUCCCGGUCAGCUGCGAGUUCGUAAGGAUCUCGUGGAAUCCGACAGCAGCGUGCUGUCCGAGAAGCUAUAUCCGAGCCCGGUAAAGUACGAGAAAAUACCGGACUGUCGGAUCUAUGACGAGAAUGCAUCGUUGGAGGAAUCCCUUGAACGUUACAAUCAGAAUCAACGUAUUGCGGAGCUAAAUGAGGAGAAUUUAAGGAAAUUAGAACGCGCGACGGCUCAGGUGGCGACGGUCAAGAUGGAAUUAUCUGGUUGUUUUAACACGAAUCACAAAAGAAGAAGAGGCUCGACCAGUCCUUCCAAUCUAUAUUCCAAUUUCGGGAGAAGCACAAAGAGAUUAAGAAGCGCGGGCUAUGAUACGGAAAGCGAGGCACCGCCCAGCAGCGACGUGGCCAGCGAGGAUCAAGAGGUCGGUAGGAAACCCACAGCAGGUCCCAUUCAUAACCGGAAGAAACAGUCGAGGUGGAAGAAGCGAUAUUUACAGGCCAGCCGCAUAUUCUCCGAGUACAAGAAGGACCUCGAGUCUAAAAAACUCGCCGGUGUCGAUGCCAAACGAAAAAUUAUCGUUUGCGCCAAUUCAGACGAACAUUAUGCUGCGGAGCACGUACCAAACAUUAUACCGACUGGAAAACUGUUGCGACAGAGGAAAACGCCAUUUCAACUGCAGUACGAUUUAUUGUGGCUGCACGCUCAAUCGAGAUUACCCGGUCGAGAUUUGGUGCCAUCGUGGAAUUACAAAAAAAUUCGAACCAACAUUUAUUAUGAUGUUAAACCAACUACUCUCUACGAGGCGCAAGCCUGUGAAUGUAAACCAGAAAGCGGCUGCGGAGACGAUUGUAUUAAUCGCAUGGUAUUCAGCGAAUGUUCGCCACAACUGUGCCCUUGCAGCGACAAAUGCGAGAAUCAAAAGAUUCAAAAGCACGAGUGGUCGCCAGGACUACAGAGAUUCAUGACGGAGGACAAAGGGUGGGGAGUAAGGACGCAACAAGCUAUCAAAUCCGGGGACUUUAUUCUCGAAUACGUGGGUGAAGUCGUGUCAGAGAGGGAGUUUAAGUCGAGGAUGGCGACCAGAUACGCCAACGAUACGCAUCACUAUUGUUUGCAUCUGGACGGUGGCCUAGUGAUCGAUGGUCAUCGCAUGGGAGGUGACGGAAGAUUCGUCAAUCAUUCGUGCGAGCCGAAUUGUGAGAUGCAAAAAUGGAGUGUUCUCGGGCUGCCACGUAUGGCACUAUUCGCAUCGAGAGAUAUUAAACCAGGAGAAGAAUUAACGUACGAUUACAAUUUCGCGCUUUUCAACCCAUCGGAAGGACAGCAGUGUAGAUGCGGUAGUAAUGCUUGUAGAGGUGUUAUAGGUGGAAAGAGUCAAAGGGUAGCUCGAAGCAUUCCUUCUCUACCGUCGCAAAUGGAGACUAUCGAAAGAAGAUCGGUGGGCAGACCACGGAAAAACAUUCGUAAAUCGAACGCGGUGCAAUCGGCCAACUCCAAGAACAUCUGCAAGUCUCGCAAAGUAGGAGAUCCGACCUUGACGCACAACACGCCGCACGUGAAACCCAUGUCUUAUCAGCAACGAUGCUUCGCGCGUGAACAUCACUGUUUCUUGUUGAGGAAUCUGGAGAAAGUGCGACGACUCAAAUCGGCGUCGGUACAGCAAGUUCAAGUACAGAACGGGAAAGCGAAAUCCGGUAACGCGAGCGUGGCGAAGGAAAAGAGUUCGGGAGACUCUAAAGCGCAAUCCGAUGCAUUUUUCUCUCAAUUAACUGCGCUGACCAACACCAACGCGCGUACUGUACGAACGCGUAGACUCGCACAGGCACAGGAUGAUCCGGAGGUACAUAAGACUGCAAAGCUAGCCAAGGUAUUAAAAGAUUUAUACACAAUUGUUACAACAGCGAAUGAUGAAAACGGUCAGCUGUUGUGCAUUCCUUUCAUGACUUUACCUCCUAAAAGAAAAUUAUCCGAUUACUAUGAGAAGAUCGUAGAACCCAUCGAUCUGAUUACGAUAGAUCAGUGCAUUGGUACUGGUCAUUACAAAACUGCGGAACAGUUUGAUCAGGAUAUGAUAAGACUUUUCGACAACAAUGUGAGAUUCUUUGGUAGAACAUCUGAGAUAGGAAUCGCUGCGGCGAGAUUACGGAAAUUAUACUUGGGAAGUAAACCUGAUUUUGUGGACGCUAUAACGGAGGCGACAGGUUCUCCGCCGUCUCAAGGCUUUUUACCACCUCGUGGAUCUACGGCUGGAGAGGAGGAUGUAAUCAGAUGCAUUUGCGGAUUACACAGAGAUGAAGGUUUGAUGAUCCAGUGCGAACGAUGUCUUGUUUGGCAACAUUGCGACUGUGUUAAAGCAGACACGAGCGUCGAAUCUUAUCUAUGUGAAAGAUGUCAACCUCGUGAGGUUGAUUUAGAAAUUCCAUUAGAAGGCGAGGAAGAAGAGGAAGGCAAGAAGCAUUACGUGACGCUGAUGCGAGGCGAUCUGCAACUCCGACAAGGCGACACGGUAUACGUUUUAAGAGACACGCCUGACAAACACACGUACAAAACUAUACAGAAGCCCGAUUACGAGCAGAUGGACAUUUUCAGAAUCGAACGUCUAUGGAAGAAUCGCGAAGGCGAGAGGUUUGUCUUUGGACAUCAUUAUCUCAGACCUCAUGAAACAUAUCACGAGCCAACGCGAAAGUUUUAUGUAAACGAAGUUGUGUGCGCUCCGUUAUACGAAGCUGUUCCUUGCGAUCUCGUGGCUGAGCGAUGUUGGGUAUUGGAUCCUCAUACUUUUUGUAAAGGACGUCCUGUCGGCUCUACUCCUGAGCAUACUUAUGUAUGCGAAUAUCGCGUUGAUCGCGCAGCACGACUUUUUACAAAAGUGGCUAGAGCCAGGCAUACAGUAUGCACGAAACCUUACGCAUUUGAAACCUUCCCACAACGUAUAAAACAUUAUCGCACCUACUUGCCUCAUAGUCUCGAUGGAAUCAAGAUGUUUAAAGAUAAGAAGAAGAAUAGCACGCAGGAAGUAGAUGGGAAUCAAAAGUUGGAAUCCAACGAUAACGUAAAGACGCACAAAGAACACAAAUGUGGUAACAGGACUAGGCAGAAGUCGGGCGAGAUCUUGACGGUCGCACCACCUGCAACGUUGUACGCUCAACGGGAGGAGCAGAGGAAAAAAUUGAACAUUAUUCUACUAAAUCUACUACAGAGAAUGCCGAAUAAGAAAGAUCCGUUGGAUCUGUCGUUUCUUCUAGAAAGGAACAGGCGAAAUCGGAAGAGACCCGGCGGACUUAAUCCGUGACAGUGGGUAAUGUCACAACGAUAAUAUCGUAUUGUAUAUAUAGGCUAAUCUAGAGUUACUACUAAUUUCGAUCUUAGUCAGAUUAAUAGGCUGGUUGAUUCCAAUCGUUCUAAACUUGGUUCUGCUACAGCUACGUGAAUCAAGAUACGUGUACAUCUAUCUUUUCCCCUCCCCUCCCCUCCCUUCCCUUUUCUUCUCCUCGCCCUCUUAACGAGGAAAGCGUGAGAGAAAUUUUUCCUCUUCGUAUAACCCGUCCAUUGGUGUAAUUUAUAUCUAUAUCUAUAUAGGUAUAUAUAUAAAAUAGCCGAAAUAAUAUUUAACAUAGACAAAAUUGUCGAUUGAUAUUUUUUUACAUUUUUUUUCUUUUUUAUAGAUGUCUUGUCAUGAACGACUAGAUCUUAACAUGUAUUUUUUUGUUAACUUUCAUGACCAGGCUACACGUAGUCGUUAGUCAUUAGUCAGAUGUCGGAAGAAAUAGUCAUAAACGUAUCGAAAGGCAAUCGGAAGUCUGUAAUCGAUGAUCGAAGAGAUGGCAUUUGGCCAAUCGCUCACGAUCGCCUUACGAUACGCUUAUGAUUUUUUCCGACCCUCUUCCGACAUCUGACUAACGACUAACGACUCAUUGUAGACUGGCCAUCAACCUUUUAAUUACCGGCGAUAAAAUAGGUAUAUCUGUUGAUUUAUACUUUAAACUGAGUAGACUAUGCUCAUUUUAUCAUAAUUAGGAUAUUUAAGCGGAAGAAAAGUAAUCGAAAGUUAAAACUUAAGUGUACGCGAUUCUCCUGCGACGUGGUUUAUUAUAUUAAUAUAAUUGUAAAUCGCGGACUUGUAUAGAAAAUGUUUUGUACAUUUUUUUUUAAUAGUUAAUAUAGCUAAAUGUACAAACUAUACAUUUUGUGGGUUUAAAAGAAUAAACGUUAUGUCAGUGCGAGCGGUAAGAAUCUAAAGAAUCAAUCAUAUGGGAAUAUGGAUACAAGCGUGUGUGUAUUUACAUAUAUAUAAUGCUUUAUUGCACAGAAGUAAUAUUAUAUUUUUCAUAAUCCCUCGAUAUUAUAUUUGAAUCACGUGUAACAUACUUUCUUCACUUUAUGAAAGAACCUUUACUAAUGUAUUUAAUUUAUUGAUAUAAUGAAUAGUCGAACGCGAUCGGAGAUGGGUCGCAGUGAUUCCAAAAUUGUACAUAUGUGUACUCAGGACUUCAUAUUUAUUAUUGCAUUACACAGUAUGGUAGAUACAUAUGACGAUAAAUAUAUUUGAUACAUAUGAAUCUUACUCUUUUCUUUUUCUCGCGUACUAAACUGUAUUAUCCAUAUAUUAUAUUUACUUUUAUAGAAACUUGCAGCAUUACGUUUGUUUCAACGUAAGACGAAAGUAUUAAAAGUAAUAUUAUUAACACAUUAUAUUUUAUAUAAUGGCCGUGAAAUUAAUACGAGAUGUAUUUAUUUUGUCGGAGAAUGAAAACAUUUUUCUUUUAUAACUAUUCCUAUAUUCGGAGUAUUAGCAACAAGUACUGAAAUAUUUAUUAUAUUGUGUAAUUCAAAAAUAAAAUAAAAAAGAAAAGAUUCGAAGCUGGCCUUCUAUGUAAAGCUAGUGUAUCAUAAAAAAGGGAUACACGAUAUGUGAGCAAUUUUUGAAAAAAAAAAAAAAAUUAAAAUAAUGCUGAUCUACGUAUGCGUUGAUUUUAGUGAAUUAUAAGAACAUCGAACACAGAAUGUCAUCGCGGUGCAUUUUCCAUGACAUACAGUUGCAUUAUUUUAUUCUAUUAUUUUUACGAGAUCUUUAUUCGUUAAGCACGUGUAAAAUGCAACUUAUAUCUGUAUCAUAUUGAUAUCGAAAACAAUGUUGGCGUAAAAAAGAAUAGAGUAUCACAAUUUAUUUUAA